AUGGCAGCAGCCAACACUCCGAUCGCCAUGAGGGAGGCCCUUACGAGUGAGGAAGAGUCGGUUCUGAAAUCGGAUUUGGAGGAGAAGAAAGAAGAAAAAGAAGAAGAAAACGAAGAAGCGAAGGAUGAGCAAAAGGUUGUUGACAGGGAUUUGAGUGGAGAAGAAAUGGGGAGACGGAAUGGAAGUGAUGAUGGAAAUGAGAAUGUGAAUGAGGAUGGGUAUGGGUAUGGGUAUGGGUAUGGGAAUGGGAGUGAGAACGAGAAUGAAAAUGAGGAUGAGGAUGAUGAUGAUGAUGAUGAUGAGGAUAGGAAGAGAGAAGUAGAAGAGAACGAUGAUGAAGAUGGUGGAGUGGGAGAGAAUAAGAGUGGAAAUGAGAUUGAAAAUGGCAGUGAAGUAAAUAAUGGUAGCAGUGAGAUGGAUAAGAAGAACGGGCAUGGUGGUGGUAUUCGAAAGUAUCAGUAUCCAGUGAGGCCUGAAGCUGAAGAUUGCUCAUUUUACCUCAAGACUGGAACGUGGAAGUUUGGAUCCAAUUGCAAGUUUAAUCACCCAGUUAGAAAAAGAAGCAAUCAGGGUGAGAAAGAAUGUCCAUAUUACAUGCGAACUGGCUCCUGUAAGUAUGGAGGAAACUGCAGGUUUAAUCAUCCUGAUCCAACAGAUGCGGCAGGAAGUGGCACUUCUGCAGGAUAUGGUAAUGGUAGACCUGUCUCUUUACAAGGUGCAUGACAAUCAACUCUACCAUCUUGGUCUUCACCAAGAUCUUUG